CGUGUUGUCGAGUCCAUUUCGAAGGAUGGCAAACCCACAAAGAAAAAGAUUCGCACUCGCGUAAUCAAGAAGGUUAAGGGUGAUAAACAAGAAGUUACUAAAAUUGAAACUGUCGAAGAAGACGAUAAGAAACCGCAAACAACGGUAACAGUCGAAGAAACACCCAUUGAUGAACAACCAGAAGAAGUCAAAGAACUUCCUGAAGAAGUGCGUGUUGUCGAGUCCAUUUCGAAGGAUGGCAAACCCACAAAGAAAAAGAUUCGCACUCGCGUAAUCAAGAAGGUCAAGGGUGAUAAACAAGAAGUUACUAAAAUUGAAACCGUCGAAGAAGCCGAUGAGAAACCACACACCACAGUAACAGUCGAAGAAGCACCCAUUGAUGAACAACCAGAAGAAGUCAAAGAGCUUCCUGAAGAAGUGCGUGUUGUCGAGUCCAUUUCGAUAGAUGGCAAACUCAAAAAGAAGAAGAUUCGCACUCGCACAAUCAUGAAAGUCAAGGGUAAUAAACAGGAAGUUAUUAAAAUUGAAACCGUCGAUGAAGACGAUAAGAAACCGCAAACAACGGUAACAAUCGAAAAAGCACCCAUUGAUGAACAACCAGAAGAAGUCAAAGAAUUUCCGGAGGAAGUGCGUAUUGUCGAAUCUAUUGCCAAAGACGGCAAACCCACAAAGAAAAAGAUUCGCACUCGUCUAAUCAAGAAAGUCAAGGGAGAUAAACAAGAAGUUACUAAAAUUGAAACCGUCGAAGAAGACGAUAAGAAACCACACACCACAGUAACAGUCGAAGAAGCACCCAUUGAUGAACAACCAGAAGAAAUCAAAGAACUUCCUGAAGAAGUGCGUGUUGUCGAGUCCAUUUCGAAGGAUGGCAAACCCACAAAGAAAAAGAUUCGCACUCGUAUCAUCAAGAAAAUCAAGGGUGAUAAACAAGAAGUAACUAAAAUUGAAACUGUCGAGGAAGACGAUAAGAAACCGCAAACAACGGUAAUUGUCGAAGAAACAUCCAUUGAUGAACAACGAGAAGAAAUCAAAGAGCUUCCUGAAGAAGUGCGUGUUGUCGAGUCAAUUUCGAUAGAUGGCAAACCCACAAAGAAGAAGAUUCGCACUCGCGUAAUUAAGAAGGUCAAGGGUGAUAAACAAGAAGUUACUAAAAUUGAAACUGUCGAGGAAGACGAUAAAAACCCGCAAACGACGGUAACGGUAGAAGAGACACCCAUUGAUGAACAACCAGAAGAAAUCAAAGAACUUCCCGAGGAAGUGCGUAUUGUCGAGUCCAUUUCGAAGGAUGGCAAAUUCACAAAGAAGAAGAUUCGCACUCGUAUCAUCAAGAAGAUCAAGGGUGAUAAACGAGAAGUUACUAAAAUUGAAACCGUCGAAGAAGACGAUAAGAAACCGCAAACAACGGUAACA